UCUUGCUUCGGGGUGUGUUUUGGCACAUCGAAAUGACAUGUGCGGUACACCGCAGGUUAUUAGGACGCGUCCGAGUGAUUGGAUGACACUCGCGGUAACUUCGAGGAGUCCAGCGAGAAUCUUGAAAUGACAACGAGUAAGACAAAAUCUAUUUGUAGUACUAGACAGGAGCCGGAGUUGGGUCGUGACUCACGUAUAGUAUGCCCAACAGCUGUUGCCAGUAAUGCGCGAUUGCCUACAACCCGAGAACUACUGUAGUAGCGUGUUGAAGACUCGACCCGCACUUCAUGACACCGCCAUGUCAUGUCAAGUGCGCUCAGCACUCGCAAUUACCCAAAAGCUGGUUGCCAAUCAUAAUCGUGGAAAUCAAAACAUUCCAGCUGAUACCAACUAGUGGAGGGCAUGCCGAAGUCGGAAGUUGGUGACCCCGUUGUAUUUCCGUUGGUAAGCAAAGCACAGGAGGACAUCCCAGACUCGAACUGCGCAACUACAUAAAUUUAAUCCGUCGUGCUCAGACGAGAUAUCCAAAAAGUACGGUGGAGCCGGGGGACGAAGUCGUAAACAAUGGUUCGUGACCGUUAGUAACGGCCAUUUACGUUCAAAGCAAACCUGUGCAUUGUGUGCAAACCAAAUUAUAUUUCACAACUACCAUAAAGACAUAAGCAUUACGCCGCAAGCAAACACGAUAUCGCACCAUGAUGGAUGCCUACCGGUCGAUAACAUACUGCAGACUGUUGCUCCUAGUACUCGGUGUACAUGCGUCUUUAUCGUUGGCCAAGCCCCGGGCUAAGGCAGAAGUGGGCGGAGGUAGUACCCGGGUCCAAUCUGAGACAUCUGCAAUGAUGGUGGCUAGCAGUAGACGAAGCCUGCUUCGGCGGAGGAUGAGCUCUCCCAUGUCGCCACAGGCAAUCAAGAACUUAGCGGAAUACAAGAUGGAAGUCGCCCGUAAGAUGGCCCAGGUGCGGACGCCAGAGGAGUUCCUACGGGUCUUCUUCCCCGUGGACUCCGUCAAAUCACGCUGGACCAAGAUGGUGAAUGAGUCGGUACAGAACGCCUGGCGUACCGGCAGGACGCAGGGCGUGGGGCAGGCUGAUCGGCCCACGUUUACACCAGAAACUGCCGAACAGGAGAUGGAGGAGGUUGGCCGGCAUGGCGUCAGUGUGCAAUGUCGCGAGCCCCUCCCAGUCCUGAUAGACAUGUACGAGGAGCUGAACCUGACACGUGGUGGCUUGGUCUACGUGUACCCUGAAUGCACCAAGGUGCGACGGUGUGAGGGGAGCGGGUGCUGUCAGGACGGUGCGCCGUGCGUAGGGAAGGAGACCACCAGGCAGAACAUCACAAAGUCGUUUAUCAUCAUGACAGUUAGGCCCGACUCCAAACACAAGGACGCCCGCUACGUCAAACACUCUGUCUACGCCGACACAGAGUGUGUCUGCAAGGAUAGGUCGCAGGUACCACUCUGCCAACCAACCAUCUGCUCACAAACCAUGACUUUUGAUGAGGUCACGUGCCGAUGUCUGUGCAACAAGCCCUGCCCUAGGCCGUACAUACAGGACCCGGAUACCUGUGAUUGUAGGUGCGACCAAAAAGAUAGCGGGUGCAAGAAGAUCAAGCGCUCACGAAGGAGAAUGGCCGCCACCGAGUGCACAUGUGUGAUGGAUAAUCGGUGUCUACAGCCAGCUUGCAACAAGGGCUACACGUUCUCCACAACGUCCUGUAAAUGCUCCGCUAAUGGAAGCAAACAGCGCAACCCCAAUCGUAAACGGGAUCGAGAGCAAGACAGAAACGGACGAACAGACGAAGCCCAGUUGAACCUGCCCUACCCGCCGCCUCCUUUGCCUAGAGGGCGCACUAACAUCAACCCGGUGCUGCUGCCGUUCGACUCGUCCAGUUCAGAGGGGGAGGAGCCUGGUAUGACGGGAGGUGGACACACUACUUUCCUGGAAAACUCGUCUUCUGGUAGCGAUGACCAAGACGUGCCAGCCAGCCCGGAUGAGCUGAUCGUGAGCUGGGCCUCCGAAGCCAGUCCAUCCGAAGAUUGUGGGUCGUCGUGCAGAAGCCAAACGGUUCAUCAGGGAAAUGACAAUGGUAGUGGUGGAGGGGCUGGGGGAGAUCUCUUGGACUUUUAAAUCAUUUGUAAGAUAUUAGACGGAGCCACUGGGAGUGAAUGAAAUAAUGUACUUCUGUUGUAAUCGUUUCAAGACGAACAUUCAUCGGGUACUUAUCUCCAGUUUUAUUAACUUCUUGAACUCUUUUAUCCCAGGUUUAAUAUUCGGACAAUUGGCAGAGUUUGAUGUAUAUAGCACUGGGUAAAAGUUUUUAUUUCGGUGAUAGCAGUGCAUCUGAACGACAGCAAAUUAAUUGCACUCACUGCUUUCUGGAAAAUUGCGGGGAACCAGCGUCUCCCGGUUUGCAUAAACUCUCUGCGUUCCUCAUAAAAUGGACCCGACAAAUGCACGUACACCGGCGAAAUGUGGCGCCAUCAACUAACCAUGUGGUAGUUGCACAGCGCCCUCUAUACUCGUGCACGGAGCUUAUUGCGCGACGACAUGUGUCUCUUCAAUUUCGGGUUAUAUUGUGCUGAGUGGUGAUUAUUAUAACCGUCCGUUGCCGUUUUGUUUGCAUGAUUAAUGUGGUUUGUUCUGAUUUUUAUCCAUUUAAUAGAUGGACUUGAGUUAAAAAAAUAAUAAUUAAUUGUUAGCUUACGGAUUCAUUUGUUUACAACUAAGAAAAGGGCAACGUAGAUUUAGGCUACCAUUUUGUUUUGCAUCCUGCUUCCCAUAAAUACGUUGAUCACCAUUGUGCUGCUAGCAUUAACAGUCCAGAUAGCUAUGGGAGGGGAGGAAGUCGUCGAAUCCAGCAUCCAGUUUUAUUUUGCACAGAUGGCUUUUGCCUCUAGAUGUAGCAAUACAUCUCGCUUAUUUAUUGUCCCCUGUUCCAACUGACAGUGCUUUUCCCCCCUUUUAACAUAAUUGUUAAUACAAAAAUGAACAUUAUUACAAAACAAGUUCAGCCAAAAAAUACUUAAGUGGUUUUUACUGUCGGUACAACAACGAUGCUGAAAUAAAUGAUCGAUCUUUUAUUAUUA